AUGACAUCACAAAUAAUAACAUUGGGGUUAUUUCUCUCACUUUGCAUCGUCGCGGGUGGGACUGGACGACAGAGGAUUUGUUUCGAGCUCGAAAACGUGGAUGCGGAAAACCAAUAUAAUGAAAAUAGAGGUGAAGUGCAGACCAUUCCGGGCAAGAAAGGCCCCAAAGGAGAUUCAGGCCCACCUGGACCCAAAGGAUCGCAAGGGGACGUUAAUUAUGAUACACUAGAAGCCCUGAUUAAUCAAAAAGUCAAUAAAGCAAUGGAACAGCUACGAGCAGAAAUGAACGAAACCAUGAAUGAAUGGCUAGAAAGUACAACAGCGAAAUCAGAAGAACAAACAAUCAUGAUUCCCGCAGUGGUUGCGACUAUUCCCCCUGGGUUCGCUGAACGAGAUAUUGUGCGCUAUGGCGGAAGAAUAUUUAUACCUUUAGCAUCUGUGGAGGUCCGAAAAGCAUCAGCAGUCGCCAAAUGCCAACAGAUAGGUGGGAAACUGGCAAAUAUAUACAGCCAAGUUCAUAUGGACAAGGUCAUAGCAUACAUACGUAACAACAAGAUGAAUGGGAAAGGACAUAAAGGAUUUUGGCUUGGCAUGACAUACGACCCCAUCAAUGGGAUUCUACUUUUCCGCAACGGAACUGUGACAUCACUCAGCGGUUUGAAAUUUUACACUGGAUAUCCACAAAAUGGACGGCAACAUUCAACCCGUACGAACGUGUAUGUCAUGACUACAGAAAGUUUGGCAAGCGUAUAUCAAUACAUUUUCAACCAGGUAGAACAGAGCAGAUACGUUUUGUGUGAAAUUUGAAACUUGUG